GCCGGGCCGGGCCGGGCCGGGCGGGGGCGGAGAGGCCGCGGGACGAGCAGCGGCGGGGGGAGGAGGGGUUGGCGGCUUGGGCGCCUCGUUGCUAUGGGGAGGCGGGGAGGGAGGCGCCGCCGCCGCCGCUGCGCAGGGAGCAGCAGCUGCUGCGCCCUGACACAUCCCCCCGCUGCCAUAUUGUGUGCGCCACCCGGCCGCACGGCUUCAUGACCGCGGAUGGAUUGCCAGACUGUGCCUUCUAGGUGGCAGAUGGACAGACAGACAGACAGACAUAUAGUAUAUGUGUACCAAUAAAACUAAAUGGGUCCAGUCACUGGAAUGACUCCGGAUAAGAAAGCUGAAACACCAGGAGCAGGAAGAGCUGCAGGAUUAAGACAGUUUCACAGAAUGGGAAGUUUGCCCGAAGCAGUCGAUGCUGGUAGGCCAAAGGCCACUGUAGUGGACAGCGAUUCAACAGAUGAUGAGCUCACAAAUUUGAACUGGCUGCAUGAAAGUACUAAUCUUCUAACAAACUUCAGUCUUGGAAGUGAGGGUCUUCCGAUUGUUAGCCCUUUAUAUGACAUUGAGGGUGACAGCGUGCCAUCCUUCUCACCUUCUUGCUACCAGAAUCCGGAAAAAAAAUCAGCCACUUCCAAACCUCCUUACUCUUUUAGCCUUCUCAUUUACAUGGCUAUUGAACAUUCUCCAAAUAAGAGUUUGCCAGUCAAAGAAAUCUACAGCUGGAUUCUGGAGCGCUUCCCCUACUUUGCCACAGCACCUACAGGGUGGAAGAACUCUGUCCGGCACAACCUUUCCUUGAACAAAUGUUUCCGAAAGGUGGAGAGAAGCCAUGGCAAGGUGAAUGGAAAAGGUUCGUUAUGGUGUGUUGAUCCAGAAUAUAAGCCUAAUCUUGUACAAGCACUGAAAAAGCAACCUUUUCCCUCAGCACUUUCAUUUUAUACUCCGCCAGCAUCACCGCCAAGUAGGUCAUCAUCUCCUCACUACCUAACUUCAGUACUUAAGCAGAGUCAUGCCCGAUCUCUCAAAGAAUCUGAUAUUGAUGCUGCUACUGCAAUGAUGCUGUUAAAUACUUCCAUUGAGCAAGGGAUGUUAGACUGUGAGAAACCUCAACCUCUGAAGACACCUAAGAAGAGGAGUUACGGCAGUGCAUUUAAUUCUCCCGGUUCCAUAAAUUUACAAGAAAAUGAUUCUGCAGCCACCAAUAUUGAUCCAAAGGAGGAUCACAAUUACAGCGCUAGCAGCAUGGGUUCACAACGCUGUGCAUCUAGAUCCAGUGUGUCUUCCUUGUCCUCUGUUGAUGAGGUGUAUGAAUUUAUCUCCAAGAACAGCCAUGCUGGAAGCGAUGGCAGUGAAGGAUUCCACAGCGAAGUGGAUACAGACGUUGACUAUGAAGAUGAUCCUCUUGGAGAUAGUGGCUAUGCAUCACAACCUUGUGUAGAUACCUCUGACAAAAGUCAGCCUAGCAACAAAGCACUCAAGGAGUUAUGUCAAGAAAUUGAUGAGGAGUUGAAAGAAGCAGCAGGGUCUCUGCUGCACCUUGCCGGUGUCCGAACGUGCUUGGGUUCCUUAAUAAGUACUGCAAAGACCCACAGUCACAAGCAAAGGAAAAAAUAGUAUGUCUGUCAGUGCUGAAUAUAUACAUAUAUUUUUUUUAAGUGUGGCAAUACUCUUCUACUUUUACCCUUCACAAGGGAGAUCAAAGCCAUAAGAGGACUCAUUUGCUUUUUUAUUUUUUGGCGCUAAUUAUAAUUUAGCCAUUUAUUUUUAAAUCACUGCCCCCCCCAAAAAAAGUAUUUAAUCUUUUCAAAUUAGAAGAGAUGCAUGACUUGUGACAACCUGAAAACAUACUUCUUAAUGAUCACCUUUUUUUUUUUCUUUUUAAUAGUUGAAUAUUUCCACAGAUAUGUUCAUUCAGAUGCAUGCUGUGGAUCAUAGUUACUUCUCUGCCAGCCCUUUUUGCAGAGGUGAAUUUUGCCCUAUCUAAGGGCUCUGACUUCCAUGUAAAGGAUUAAAAAGGAGGAGACAAAAAAAAAAAAAAAAAGGGGGUGUGGGGGACAGAUGUCUACAGAGGUUCUUGCCUUGGCUGCCUCCUCCCACUCAGUUUUCUCUUCUGCUCUUCUGAUCUGUGUCCUGGGGAACUGUUUGUGAAGCAGCUCAGAGUGGCUGCAGUUUUCAGCCCCUCUGACCUUUUCAUACAGUGGGUGAAAAACAGUAGCACUGUAAGGAGCUGCUUUUAGCAAGAUGUUAAGUAGCCCUUGCAGAGAGGAAGAAAGGAGCAUAAACCCUCCCUGGAAGAGUGGGUGAGGGGUGGCUGAGAUGUGUACCACCCUCAGCUUUCUUUUUUUUCCAAAUCCAUCUUAUGCAGCCAUCUCAAGACAAUUGUCUUGUGUGUGCGUGUGCAUGUGCGGGGGGGGGGGGGGGAUUUUCACACAGGUGCACGUGUGCGCGCACACACACACACACACACACACCCCUUGGAUGUAGCAAAUGCAGCGAAAGCUGCCACUUAACAAAUUUGUCGUCCUCAUUUUAUCCUCACUAUUGAAUACUCAGUAGCUGCAUUAGCAAAAGUUCUGCUGCUUGUCCCAGUGCAACGCCCACACUUUUGCUCCCCUACGGAAGAGAUUGAUUCAGGAACAAAAGAACGCAAAAGUUCAUGCCGUUUACAACAUGAAUGAAGUGGAGGUUUUAGGUGGCUGGAUUGUGAAUGACUGUCUGAUUUGGCAAAAUAGAAAGAAUAGCUUCCUUUUUGAAUUGGUGAACCUUGAAUUGCUUUUUGGCAUUUUUUGGCCCCCUCUCCCCAACACUGUAGUUAUUGUGACAUUGGCUGUCCAUACCUUCCAUUUCCCAGAUCAGCGUGCCUUGUGCUGUGCAGAUCCUUUCAGCCUCCUGUGAUACACUGUGCAUCUAAUAAGCAAGGCUUUAGCUUUUGGGUGUACACUGUAACUCAGGAGGACCUUUCUGUUUUGAGAAGAAGUUCCUUCACAAUUCACUUUUGCAAUAAAAAAAAUCUCUUUAUAAUGCCCAGACAUCUUUUGGCCAAAAAUGUUUCAAGGGUAUGGUGAUUUUCUUUUUUCUUUUAUAAUAAUUGGUGAUUGCUUACAUCUUCCAAUAGGCGAUGGCUUUUUUUUAAGGUUUUCUUUUUUUUUUCUUUUUUUUUUUUUUUUUAAGUUGUUUAAGUUUUCUGUGCAAGAAUGGGCAUGCAGCUCUGUUGGAGUGGGCUUUAACAGUACUGUACAUGUAAGAAUGCCUUAAGUAUGUUUUGGAAUUGUAUACAAUGAUAAAAAGUCAUCUUUCCUGUCUCUGAAAGGUAGCAUGAUGUGCCAUAAACUUUCUAGCUAAUAUGUUAAGCUAUUGUUUCCAGCAGGUGUUGGGUAAACUGGUAUAGAAUUAGGAGCAAAGAGAGCCCAGUAGGAAAACCAAUGUCCUCUGUUUUGGUUGUUGAAAACAGUAAUGGAUUCAACCAAAAGUUAACCUUUUACUAAUGGGGUAUUUUUCUGGCUAUUUGGAGGCCCAGCUUUCAUAGAUCAGUGCUGUUUUUUUUUUUUUUUUUUUCUUAUUUGUCAGUCUCUUCAUGACAGUUACUGCCAUAAACUGUCUACUUUAAUAUGAAUACAACCAUGCUGCUGAAGGUGUGUUGCUCUGAGGGCCUAUUUCAGUGCCUCGUGAAGACAAUGGUGGUGCUCCUAUUGAUUUAAUGGUUGUUGGAUCAAGCCUGAGAUAUUUGAGGUUAUUUUGUAGUGUGUUUUGGAAUUCAAAGCAAACUUUUUUUUUUGAGUGCAAACCCGAUAAAGUGUUCUUUUUUGAUUAUUUCAGUUUUAAGAAUGAUUUGAUUUAUUUCUUGAAAGAGAAGAAAGGAACUCAGAUGCAUUCCUGCUCUGUGUGAAUGCCAAUUAUGCUACACCCAUAGCAGGAGAACACUCUUACAGACGUGUGUCUUCUGGAUAUCACAAGUGGUGCAUUAGCUGAUUAGAUCUGGUAUUAGAUGUGUUACUGAUGGACAGUAGAGGGAAACUCACUCUAAAAGAAAAUUAAGUACAAAUACAGUGUUUUGUAGGAUUUUUGGAUGUGGAGAUAUGAAUGCUUGGUGGAACUGCUUUUUGCUAAUGGUUUGCUAAUAGUAUCUUGAAAGAAUACAGCAAAGGGAAGAUUUUGUAUCAAUGCAAGAAUGAUGGUUCAACUAUAUCAAAAUUAACACUCUGAAAUUUUGAUCAGUGCCAUGAUUUCAGUUGCACACUAUUGAAGAGGUACGCGGUGUGGCUCCUGAUGAAACUGACUGCAUCUUUUCUGUAACUUCCAAUGAAAGCUGGAUCAAGAUCCAAGUAUUCUGGAAAAUGCAGUCAUACUCCACUCCAUAGCUUGGUUUGGGUUUUUUUGUUGUUGGGGUUUUGUUUUGUUUUGUUUUUUGCCUUGGACAAACUUUGAGGAGGUUAAUAUGCUCUUUUGUUUGCUUGCUCAUUUUCUAAUAGAAUCAAUGUGGUAUUUCUAUUCUGAAAACAUACUUACUAGGAGAGUGGCUGUGCUGCUGUUAACCCUGAAAUUGGUGAUAGAGACUUCAGCAUUACUGAAGGGACAGGAUCAGGUCAGAGGCUAAUAAUGCAUUUUAGUUAUCAUAUACCAAGACAAAGCAAUAAAAUCAUACUAACAAGAAGUGAACAGUGAAAGUUGCAUCCAUCACUAAAGCACUCAGCUGGAGAGAAGUGAUGUUUUGGAAGGAGAGAAAUAAGGCCAGCCUGUACCUGGGAUGCAAAGCAGUGCAGCCAGCCGGGGCAGUGCACCUUGUCCUCUCCACACUUUCCCAUCUUUUCUCUCUCCUUCACCAAGGAGAGGGCAGCUGAUCUGUGCACUUUACAUAUUCCACCACAUCCCCACGCGUGUCCCCGCAUGUUUUGGCGUACAAAAGCUACCAGCUCAGUUUUGGAGCACCUCUCUCCUUAGUCAGAGAAUAGCUGCCUUCCUUUCACCUACAUAUCUAGCAGUGGGUUUGGGUUUGUUUGCCACCUGAGUUGAAGACCCUGGUGUAUAUAGUAUAAAUGGAGUAUAAUUAAAAGUUAUUUUAACUUUUUUUUUUUUUUUUAGUGACAUAUGUAAAAUGUUCAUGCCAAUGGUCCGUUCAGAUAUAUUUUAGUAGCAGUUAAAAGGCAAGGAAAGUAUUAAUGAACCACAUUCAAUUCUUAAAAACAGUGGAGAAGUGUAUGAGACUUACGUACAAGGGAAGCUGCUUUAUUUAGGAUAAAUUCUGGUGUGAAUAUUGUACAAACCUGUACUGGUCUUUGGGAUUCCAAUACUAAGUUACAGUCUUUGUAAAAGUCACAUCAAAUGUUUUAAAAAUCCAACUUUAAAAUGGAAGUUGUAUGGUUUGCAACUUUGCAUUAUACUGAAAACUGAAAGCUUUGGUUAAAGCAAAGUACACUCAUACAGGUUAUUAAUGGUGUAGUCAAAAUAUUUAUUGAAAAGAAAAGGUAGAAUAUUUUAAGUGUUGCACCUGCCAUUAUUUCUUAAAGCACAUUCUUUACAUCUAACUGCCAGUGCCAUUAUGAAGUCUGUUUUAUAAAUGUACAUUUCUUCAAACUAAAAAGUGCAUAAUUAAAAGUAUUAUGUUACUGCCAUAUAGUGACAUAAAACAUUUUAUAAUUGCCAAUUCGUUGUAACUAUUAUUUAUUUAAGUGAAUUGUAAGAAUGCUUUCUGAUCAAACGAACCAGAGUUGUUUUUAAAAUGUUUCCAUUAGCUUGUUUCUAAUGUAGCAUAAGCAAUGUCUUUGGGUUUGUUUAGAAUAAUUUUGCCAGUAGGUGACCAAUUCUAACCCUUUUUCCUCCAGUUUAGUCCUUUACCCAUUUUAAAGACAAUUUACAGAAGUUUAGUUUUUUGUAUGCUAAUCGCUGUUAAUUAAAAUGUUUAUAAAGUUUAUUUUUACCAAAGAGAUGCAAUUCAUUAUGACAAAAUAUUGCAAAAUAAACUUUGUUUUAUAACA